AUGGCUCCAAAGGGAGACGAUGUUUUAGUUUCAAGUAAAAAGCUGGAGAAGAUAUUUUGCAUGAAAGGAGGCAAAGGAGAGUCCAGCUAUGCCAACAAUUCCAAAGCGCAGGCCAUGCAUGCAAGAUCCAUGCUUCACCUGCUUAAAGAAACCCUAGACAGAGUGCAGCUGAGCUCUCCAGAAGUCCCCUUUGUGGUUGCGGACCUUGGAUGCUCAAGUGGAAGCAACACCAUCAACACCAUAGAUGUGAUCAUCAAUCACAUGGCCAAGCGCUAUGAGGCCUCGGGAUAUGACCUACCUGAGUUCUCAGCCUUUUUCUCUGAUCUCCCUAGCAAUGACUUCAACACCCUCUUCCAACUCCUCCCUCCUAUGGCCAACCACGGCGGUAGCAUGGAGGAGACCCUCGCCGCCGACAGCCACCGCUCCUACUUCGCAGCCGGGGUCCCUGGCUCCUUUUACCGGCAGCUUUUCCCGUCGAGGUGCAUUGACCUUUUUCACUCCGCGUUUUCCUUGCAUUGGCUCUCACAGGUGCCAGAGAGUGUGGUAGACAAGAGAUCAGCAGCCUACAACAAAGGAAAGGUGUUCAUUCAUGGAGCAAAGGAGAGCACAGCCAUUGCAUACAAGAAGCAGUUCCAGACAGACUUGGGAAGCUUUCUCAAGUUAAGAGGCAAGGAGCUCAAGAAAGGUGGCUCCAUGUUUCUUGUCUGUUUGGGUAGGACCUCAGUGGACCCCACUGACCAAAGUGGCCCAGGCCUUCUCUUUGGGACCCACUUUCAGGAUGCUUGGGAUGAUCUUGUCCAAGAGGGUCUUAUCACUAGUGAGAAACGUGACAGUUUCAACAUUCCUAUGUACGCCUCAAGUUUACAAGACUUCAAAGAAGUAGUGGAAGCUGAUGGCUCAUUCAUCAUAAACAAGCUUGAGAUUUUCAAAGGAGGAAGCCCCCUUGUAGUAAGCCAACCUGAUGAUGCAGCUGAAGUCGGUCAAGCCCUUGCAAAUAGCUGCAGGAGUGUCGCCGGAGUGCUCGUCGAUGCACACAUCGGUGACCAGCUUGGCAAUGAGUUGUUUUCAAGAGUUGAAAAAAAGGGCACAAGACAAGCCAAAGAGCUACUAGAGCAUAUACAAUUCUUUCAUGUGGUGGCAUCACUUUCUCUUGCUUAA